CGGCCUCUCUGUCUAAUGAGGUGGGAAUUUGGGUACAUGUACCCAAAUGCCUGUUGCAGCCACUUUACCACCUGAUAUACAUGCAAGGUUGUAUAAAUAGAGAGAUGAACCCCCUUUUGUAUAAAAGUUAACACGGUAGGCUCCUUCCUCCCCCUUCUCUUUCAAACGUUUGCUAUAUAGAGAACACACUCCCAGGUUCAAUUCGCAGCUCAAUCCAAGUAUACUCGAUUAGCUGAACGCCCAAUUGAACUAAGCCGAUGUCUAGCUAUAACUUCACCCCUGGCUCGCCAACCUCUGCUGAGGGCUUUGGCGAGGAGCUGCCACACCCAAAGCACGUGAGACGCUUUACCGGGUUCUCUCCUGCGGAGAUCAAGUCCAUUGACAGUGUGAUUCCGCUGAAGAGCCGUGAGACGUGGAAGAAGUUUGCCGUGGAGAACUUCACCGAUAACGCUGGGUUCGAGAAGGGCUUUGUCCGCCACGUUGAGACCACCCUUGCAAGAUCCAUCUACAACUGCGAUGAGCUGGCUGCUUACCAGGCCACCUCCAACACGAUGAGAGACAACCUGAUCACCAACUGGAACAAGACGCAGCAGAAGCAGACCACCAAGGACCAGAAGAGAGUCUACUACUUGUCGUUGGAGUUUCUGAUGGGCAGGGCGCUAGACAAUGCGCUGAUCAACACUGAUAACAGAGAGCUGGUUGACGCCUCUGUCGAUGAGCUCGGGUUCAAGCUGGAAGACUUGCUGGAGCAGGAGCCAGACGCUGCUCUGGGUAACGGUGGUUUGGGUCGUCUUGCGGCCUGUUUUAUCGAUUCCUUGUCCACUGGUAAAUACCCAGGCUGGGGCUACGGUUUGCGUUAUCAGUACGGUAUCUUUGCUCAGAAGAUCAUUGACGGUUACCAGGUUGAAACUCCAGACUACUGGCUCAAGUUCUCCAACCCGUGGGAGAUCCCACGUAAGGAGAUUCAGAUCCCAGUGGACUUCUACGGCCACGUUGAACACCAUAAGGAUGCCCAUGGUAAGGUCAAAUCCACCUGGGUCGGAGGUGAACGUGUCAUUGCAGUCGCCUACGACUUCCCAGUUCCUGGUUAUAAGAGCGAGAAUGUGAACAACUUGCGUUUAUGGUCUGCUGAGCCAACCACUGAGUUCGACUUUGCCAAAUUCAACUCUGGUGAUUACCAAAACUCUGUCCGUGGCCAGCAGUCUGCUGAGUCCAUCACUGCUGUGUUGUAUCCAAACGAUAACUUUGACUCUGGUAAGGAGCUGCGUUUGAAACAACAAUACUUCUGGGUUUGUGCUUCUUUGCACGACAUUGUCAGACGUUUCAAGAAGACUAAGCGUCCAUGGUCUGAGUUCCCAGAGCAAAUUGCCAUUCAAUUGAACGACACUCACCCAACUUUGGCCAUCCCAGAGUUGCAGCGUGUCUUGGUUGAUUUGGAAGGCUUGGAGUGGGAUGAGGCCUGGGCAAUUGUCACAGAGACCUUUGGCUACACUAACCAUACCGUCAUGCAAGAGGCAUUGGAGAAAUGGCCAGUGUCAUUGAUGGAGAGAUUGUUGCCACGUCAUUUGGAGAUCAUCUAUGACAUCAACUUGUUCUUCUUACAACACGUUGAGAAGAAGUUCCCUAAGGAUCGUGAUCUCUUGUCCCGUGUAUCCAUUGUGGAGGAGGCCUCUGCAAAGAACAUCAGAAUGGCUUACUUGGCUAUCAUUGGUUCUCACAAGGUUAACGGUGUUGCUGAAUUGCACUCUGAAUUGCUAAAGACCACGAUCUUCAAGGACUUUGUCAACAUCUACGGUGCCUCCAAGUUUACAAACGUUACCAACGGUAUCACUCCAAGAAGAUGGUUGAGACAGGCCAACCCAGGUUUGGCUGCUUUGAUCAAGUCCAAGCUUGGUUCCGAUGAUUACUUGAAGGACUUGACCCUCUUGAAGGAAUUGGAGCAGUACGCUGAUGAUGAAGAGUUCCAAAAGCAGUGGGCUCAGGUUAAGCUUGACAACAAGAUUAGACUUGUUGCUUUGAUCAAGAAGCUCACCGGUAUCGAGAUCAAGAACCCAGACGUGUUGUUUGACAUCCAAGUUAAGCGUAUUCACGAGUACAAACGUCAACAGUUGAACAUCUUUGGUGUCAUUGCUCGUUACCUUCAAAUCAAGAAGGCCUCACCAGAGGAGCGUGAAAAGAUCUUGCCAAAGGUUUGCAUCUUUGGUGGUAAGUCUGCUCCAGGUUACUACAUGGCGAAGCUCAUCAUCAAGUUGAUCAACUCCGUGUCCGAAGCCAUCAACAACGAUCCAGAUGUCGGUGAUUUGUUGAAGGUUGUCUUCAUCCCAGACUACAAUGUUUCUAAGGCUGAGGUUAUCAUCCCAGCUUCUGACUUGUCUGAGCAUAUCUCUACUGCUGGUACAGAGGCAUCCGGUACUUCCAACAUGAAGUUCGUGAUGAAUGGUGGUUUGAUCAUUGGUACCGUCGAUGGUGCCAACGUUGAACUCACCAGAGAGUGUGGAGAGGACAACAUCUUCUUGUUUGGUCACUUGGCUGAGCGUGUCGAGGACAUUAGACACGAGCACCGUUUCAGUGGCUACAAGAUCCCAGAGACGUUGGAGGCUGUGUUUGAUGCCAUUGAGAAUGGCAGCUUCGGUAAUGGUGACGAGUUCAGAACCCUCAUCGACUCCAUCAAGUACCAAGGUGAUCACUACUUGGUUUCUGAUGACUUUGAGUCGUACUUGCAAGCCCAUGAGCUUGUUGACGAGGCCUACUUGGACCAAAAGGCUUGGAUCAAGAAGUCCAUCAUCAACGUUGCAAACACCGGCUUCUUCUCCUCUGACAGAUGUAUCCAAGAGUACGCUGAAGGUAUCUGGAACAUUGAGCCAAUUGAGCAAUGAGUUAAUUAGUAAUCUCUGUGGGUGUGUAUGUGGUUUUCAGUUUAUAUAAAUGUUUUGUUUGCCUGUUGUGAGGUAGUUUGGGUUGUAAAUAUUGCUGUCUAAGUCCUCUGCCUACGUCCUCUGCCUGCGUCCUCCGCCUACGCCCCACAGCCUGCCUGCC